CGCCGAGACAGUAAUACGUGGGGUGCGUUGCCGAGCGGUUGCCACUGGCGUGCUUUCAGUUCUCUCUCAGUGUGUCUGAUCGGUCCGACGUAUACUACUGCUAUACUACGAGCGCUACUCUCUAUACUAUACAGGGCUGCGCUGCAGUCACGGUGUUGUCGUCGCGUCUCUCCUCUCUCGCCAUGAAGAUACACAUAACCUCGAUGAGUCACGACGUUUCACGACUGACAACAUCACCUGCGGUACUACUACUACUACUACUACUCGUACGUACAUUACAUGCCGUUUAAGCUCUGUCACGCAGUCGCUCGAUGAGGUGCAGUUUGUUGUCGUUGCGGUCGUUCGUGGUGUUUUGGUUUGAGUACGUACUAUUCUCGCCGGUGCGCUGGGUGAGGUUGAAUUUUUUUCACUGGAGAAGCUUUUCUCUGAGGCAGCUGGAUUUUUCGAUCGGAAGAGGGUUCCUAGAGGCAGUAGGCAGCCGCGACAGAAUAAGCCAGGUUGCCAGUAGCAGCAGCGGGAACUGUGAUCGCGUCGCGGAAAAGGAAAGACUGUUGGCAUGAACCGGGAGCUACCGCUGCUCAGCUCUCGGCCCGGAACCAAUAAGCGGAAAGAUCUCACGUCGGGACUGUAAUUCUAUUCGCGACCGACUAACCGAACGUAAGUCGAGCACCAGAGGCAAGCGCAGUCGAGACCGCCACUAGACGACGGUCCUGGUCGCUUGAUAUGCUGGCCGAGCAGAUGGCCUGCGAUUUUCGGACCCAGAAGCUUCUCUAAAGCCAGAGAAGUGGGUCGAGGCGAGGCCCAACGCGGCCGGCGGGAGGCGCAGCAGCUCUGCCUCGAGGGAGAUAAACCAAAGAGCCUCGUGACGGAGGGCAUUCGUACGGCCCUGGCGCGGCUGCGGCACGGCACCCCUACCGGGGGCUCUCUGCCGAACACCCCGAAUCCAUCCUCGACGCCCGAGCACAGGGCCCACGGAUGCUCGGAACAGCGAGGCUCCCCCGGCAAGGGGGCCGGUUUAAAGGGUAGCAGGCCCGUGGAUUCGGGGUACGUGGGUGUCGGUGUGCAACAGCCGCACUACAUCUCGUCGUCGUCGCGCGAGCACCACGGGGCCGAUGGCAGCUCGCGCGACGGCGACCUUCUGGCGUCCGCUGCCUCAGCCCUGCGCCGGCUGCACUUCAAGUCUAUUGGAGGCAGUCGUACCGUGCCCAAAGUCGUCGUUAUGGGCUCGAGCACGGCAUCCGAGACCACCAUCAACACCAGCACGGACAGUGCCAACACUAUGGUGACUAUGGUGACGACGACGGACGGCGAACAGCACGACGACAGUCUGGACCUGAUAGACGUGCUGCCGGAGCUUUCGCCGCCGCCCGUAAACGACACUACGGCACAUUCGACGCACCACCAGCACAGUAAUGGAGGCGUUUCGGUUACGGUGACCGCUCAGGUCUCCGUCGUCGUGACCUCGACGUCGCCGCAGCAGCAGCAACAGCCGUCGCCUCCAAGGACGAACGAGAAUGGACUGCCCAACUCGCAGGUGACUAAAGGGGUGAUGAACCACGUCCCGUCGACGAACCCAACGACGGUGAUACUGCAAAACGGCCACGGCAACGGUAGCUCGUCAUCUUCCACGACGUCGACGACGAAUUUCGGCGGCUCCGGAGGCACCGACAGUCCCGGGGCACCUCCACCCACGCCGUUGGUCGGUUCGCAUCAGGAAUCCAGAUUCACGUUCUGCGACCAGAGGAUAAAACCUGCUCUGCCCGACCUCAGGACUGCCGACUUCUUCAGCCAACCAGUACGCGGUUCAGUGGACGCCGGUCAGCCGGACCCUCAGCAGAUCAGCUCGAUGUUGGCGCUGGUCGCGGCGAAAAACAGCUGCUGCUCAUCGAUACCCAACGGACCGAGUCAGAGUCCGAGCAACGGCUGUCUGGCCAAAGUAAAUGGGGAGAGGAGUCCCACGGAGUCGAGUCCGACGUCUACGACAACCUCGAGCUCGACCGGGACCACAGCCAAGCCCAACAUCAACGUCACGACCAAUCCUCUGGACAUCUCGCUGUGCACACCCCAGACGCCGAGCAGCGCGCCGGGAACGAGAGCUGGACGAGGUGGUAGAGCCGCCGAAUCUCAUCCCCUCGUUUCGACCAUUCAUUCAUGGGUCAGGCUCUUUUUCCCGUUUUGCGCAAUAGGUGGCAACACAGCCGGAGGUAAGAGGACGGCUCAGGCGACGAUCGUCGUGCAGCAGCCGUCCCUCUCGCUGGAUGCACCCGCGGCGACGAUACUUCUCAGGACGGCAGACGCCGAUGCCAGGAGACGGGAGGAGAACAUGAAGCAGCUGCUCGAUGUCGCCAACACUCUGACGCUGCAGGAGAUCCACGAGUUCGAGAAGAAGUACGGGAGUCCGCACCACAGCCGGUCGCAGUCGGUGAGGACACCGGGCAGUCGAGCGUCGGGUCGGCCCAACUACCUAUGCCUGCCCCAACAGAGGUCGAGGGUCGCCAGUAUGCCCAAUACCGGCGUCGAGGAAGAGUACUACCGGCUGAGGCACUUCAGCAUCACCACCAAGGGGGUGGUCAACCGGGGUGACUCCCUCAAGAGCCGUCGCUCACGCUCCAACAAUAGCGUCGCCUCCAGCAACUCGAGUACGGAACACCUGACCGCCUCGUACCCUGGCUCAGCGCGCAACUCAGCGGCCGGCUCGCUGGCGAGCUCGAGAGAGAGCAGCGCAAGCCAAGGACCAGCGCCCUACAGGGUUCUCAUGCUCGGCGCAUCGGCUGUCGGGAAAAGCUCCCUCGUAUCGCAGUUCAUGACGUCGGAGUACCUGCACGCUUACGACACGUCCAUCGCGGUAUGUGUUUCAGACGACGAGUCCGGCGAGAAGACCGUGAGCGUGCUGCUGGCCGGUGAGGAAUCCGAAUUGACUUUCAUCGACCAUCCCUGCUCCGAGAUGACGCCGGAGAACUGCAUAGCGACGUACGAGCCACACGGCUACUGCGUCGUUUACUCGACGACCGAUCGCUCCUCGGUUCGCGUUGCCGAGGAAGUGCUGCAGAACCUCUGGCGGAGCGAUCACAUACCGGCCAGGGCCGUCAUCCUCGUCGGCAACAAGGUCGACCUCGUACGCAGUCGUCUGGUGUCCACUGAAGAGGGCAAAACGAUGGCGAUCUCAUACGACUGCAAGUUCAUCGAGACGUCGGUGGGCAUAAACCACAACGUGGACGAGCUGCUGGUCGGUCUUCUGACGCAGAUCAGACUGAAGCUGGAGAAUCCGGAGCGUAACCGCGACCUCUUCAAGCGGCGAAAUCGUCGCAACCGAAGCCGUUCGCCUCUCGGCUCGUGCUCCGAGAACAAUUCGCCGAAGAAGUAUCGCAACAGCCGGACCAGCACCAGUCUCAAAGUGCGCAACCUUCUGGGCAAGGUCUGGGCCAGGGACAGCAAGUCCAAGAGCUGCGAGAACCUGCACGUGCUCUAAACAAGCAAUUCCAAGACUGAUAACACGAGAUGAUGAUGAUGAUUAUGACGAUGAUGCGCGCGAUCGAUAUCGAUCGGUCAUCGAUCGGUUACACUUAUUAUUACGUAUAUACAUAUAUCUUACCAUGAAUGAUCUCUUAACUUUAACUCUCUCUCUCUCUCUCUCUCUCUCUCUCUCUCUCUCUCUCUCUCUCUAUUCCUGUUCAACAACUUUCUUUUUCCUGGACUCUUUCUCUCUACCUCUUGCACACGGCGAAAAGGGGAGCAAAGACGAGUAGUCGCCUGCAAGAGCGAAGAAGGUUGGUAGCCGGGAGAAAAUUCGUCGGACAUGCGAGAGAGCUGUGGACGAAGGCUUUUUUGAGGUUAGCUUGGCUAGGGUGAAGGACGUGGGCUGGGACUGGGAUCGAUUCUGUAACUACGCGAUUUCCUUCUUUGUGGCGCAAUACAAUUAUAUGCUGAGAUGGGAAAAUUCGAGCCAACCUUUGGGGUAUGACGGCACGAUUAUAAUCUGAUGUAGCAUUGAGAACGAAUUUUAUUGUCAAAUUUCGAUGUAAUAUAUAUUUCAAUUAUAUUAAUCGAUAUGAAAUUAUGAAAAAAAAAAGACUUCUACCGAUAUAAUCGUCUAAUUUGGAGCCGAACAAGAAUGAUUCCACGGCGCGAAUUUGGCAAACACGCCAGAAACUUUUCUCGUUUAACGGCCAAUAUAUUAUAGAAUCGAUUCUACAUUCUACCCCCGACUGUACGACGUAACUCUCCCAGUGGAGAGCUGUGUAUGUGUACUCGAAGAAGUUUGGCGUUCACGGCUCCGUAUCGAUUUUUACCUUCGGAAAGAAGGACACUAUAGAGGAUAGAUGUAUCGUUUGUGGUCAUUUUUCGAGAAUUUCAACUCUUUUAAACGCGCCCAUCGCGAACGAGACGGGACGCGAAAUUUUACAAACGUUUUUAAACCGAGAGAAAUUAGUUUUUAUUCUGCCAACAAAGCAUUUUACUCCGAAAGAAAUGUGGCAUCUUUCAAAACGCAAAAACAAAUAUACACGCGCGCAACAAUGAAAUCCUACGCGAGGAUCACUUGUACAUGUAUUAUAUGGUCACAAUCGACUCAGCCGUAAGAGAAUACAUCUAUCUUAUCGUAAAUUUUUAGUAGCUAUAUUAAAUGUGCGCGCUAGAAGGUAAACGCGAAAAUCGCUGCCACGAAUAGCGGAAACGUUUCGUUCCGAGUUUAAAUGGGUUAUACUAACCUAUAGGCCGAUGCUCGAUAACUUUUCGUUCAACGUGUUAUAACACAAGCUUAUGCAAACGUUGGAACCAGAAUUUAUCGAUCCUCUUUUUUCAGAAUGAUAUAGACGUUACUUAGAUUGCCCCCGUUGUCCAGUUUCGAAGAAAAAAAUAAUAUUAAAUAAAAGAGACGUGUCUACUACGUAAAAACGAUGUAUAUAAUGCACAAGUUUUCGUAACGAGCGUAAAGGGUGACUCCUAGUUGUACAGUUGGAUUGAAUUUUCAUUCCGGUAUAUAUACAGGAAGCAAAAAGAUGUAUGGCAAUAGAAAACAAACUAGAUCACUGCUGCGAAUCGCGUAUUUUUGAUUCUCUCGAGAGACGGAGCUGAAAAUUUUCCUCCGUUAAAAGGGUACAAUACCAACAACUACAAAAUAAACCAACACACAAUAGACAAAACCAUCGAAAAACGUUCGUCGAUCGAAUCGAAUCGAGUUAAAUACAUGCAUAAAGAGUCGAACAUAAUAGAAUUGCCGACGAAACCGCUUUUCAAGUCGCGUUAGAGCCGCUUUGUUCUUUGCACUUCCGAUCCAUAAGAAAUAUACGCUUGAAAAUUUAAGGAAUUUUAGUAUAUACGACAUAUAGGGUAUAUACAUAUACGUAUCGUACUCUCGAAGUUAUCUAAUAGAGAUAUUCCAUUCAUUACGUGUAUACACUCGAGCAGCGAAGCAGAAAGUGCCAUUUCAACGCGAAAGCCAAAAGAUCAAUUUUUCAAGAGAUUCAACAGCUCAAAUGCUUCCUUGCACUGCGAUACUGCAGAACUUUAAUGAAACUUCGUCAAAGGAAUGUAAAGUUUUGAGUGGCUCUUUCUUCGGCGCUCUAGCUCCUUCCUCUAUCUUUUAUUGUUGUAAAAAAGAAUAUAUACUUAUAGAUAUAGCCGGGGAGAAUCGCCAGUGCGAAACAAAAACAAACAAAAAAAAAUACCAAAACAAAAGAAAUGAAUCAAGAUCCAAGAGCGAGGAAAAAAAGAGGGAACCUUUUACAAAAA